AUCGUACUGCUGUGAAGAAGCUCAUGAGCAUGGCUGUCUGUAGAAAUUAUAAUGAGCUUCUCCUGGGAGGCGAAGGAACAUUCCUCAUCAUGCAGGCAGAUGACAGCAUGUUUCACCCUGAUAAGAAAAUCAAGACGAGCAGGAGACGGUUAUGGGAGAAAUACCGCAGAGGUGGAGAUAAGCACCCCAGAAUCCAAAGUGGCAGUGCACGAACAAAAGGAGGAGAACAUCAAGUCAGAAAGGGUACUACAGCCGCCUCUCGAGGCUGAGGCAAGAAAUCUGACGGUGGUGGGUAUGGGCGCAAGGAAAGAGAGAUCGGGGCGGUCAGGAUCAGAGCCUGAUCAUUCUAAGGGGAUGGGCAAUGGGAGAAUUCUGCGGUUUGAGCCUGACGUGGCUGAUCAUCGGAUGGAGGAAGCUGUGGCGGUGGGCGACGAAAUAUGUCUGUACUCUGAAUCAGCAAACACAGUAAGCGAGCUCGAGACUGAUGCAACCGCCUGGAUGGCCGAGAUGCUAAUGCUGGAAGAGAGAUCUGAACCGUCUGGAUCAGGAAAUGCAAAAGAGGAGCAGAGGGAUGGAGGUACUGUCAAGCUGUUUGGCACUCAGCAAUCGGAUGGGAAAGGGGGAGGCAUAUGGGCAAAGGGAUGUGAGCGAUCCAGAUCAUCGGAGUAUGAAAAUGAUGAGCGGACACAUCAUGAUGCAGAGAGGAUCAAGGCGCUCGAGAAGGAGGUUAGCGAUCUGAUGGCAGAGAAGGCGGAAUCGAACGAGACGUUGGAGAGGUCCACAUCAUCGGUGCAUGAGGAAAAUGAGCAAUCGCAUGAAGAGAAGAUAAGACAGCUUAAGAGCGAGGUAAGUAAUCUGGCAGCAGAGAGGGAGGACCUGAGGGGAAGAUAUGAGCAAUCUGGAUCAGAGCACAAAGAGAGCGAGAGCAAAUCAGUGCCCACAGGAUCGAGCAGCUGGAUGCUGAGAGGUCAAUAUUGGAAGGGAGAUUUAAGAAAUCCGUGUUUAGAAUUCAAGAAUUAGACGCGGAGGGCGGAGGUAGCUGGUCUAACAGUGGAGAGAUCGGCGUUGACAGAACAAAUUGAGAGCUCGACG